AUAGUUGCGUUGCAACAACAUUGACUCUACAGUCAGAAAGAAACAUUUGUUUGUUUUUUCCCCACUGAACAUUAGACAGUGACCUUGCUGAAUCUUUGUUAUUGGGCUGUAGUAUGGAAAUAGCAAUUUUAGCUGUCUUCUGUACAAGACCAUGUCAACAACUUGACCUAAAAACAGAUCAUGACCAAUGAACAUUCUAUGCUUUUUUGGUAAAACCAAGUAUUUGGUUAGACAAGUAGUGUUAACUGAAUCAGGCCAUGACAAGUGACUACUUUGUCAGCAGAGUGUGGUAUUUUUACACCCCAUAUGUUGUUGUAUUUAUUCAGCAAUGCUAAGCUAGCCAGGUUGAACAAGCAGCAGUCAGCCGAGGAUGAGUACCCAGACCUUGAGCAUCACCACAACCACAUGGCCAAGGUUCUCACUCUGGAUAUGUACAAGCGCCUCCGUCAGCGCUGCACACCCAGUGGCUUCACCAUAGAUAAUGUCAUUCAGACUGGCGUAGAUAAUCCUGGCCACCCCUUCAUUAUGACUGUGGGUUGUGUGGCUGGGGAUGAGGAGACCUACGAGGUGUUCAAGGAGCUACUGGACCCUGUUAUUCAGGACCGACAUGGAGGGUACAAGCCAACAGACAAACACAAGACUGAUCUAAACCCCAGUAACCUCAAGGGGGGUGAUGACCUGGAUCCCAAUUACGUGCUGAGCUCUCGCGUCAGAACUGGCAGGAGUAUCCGUGGAUUCUGUUUGCCACCGCACUGCAGCCGUGGAGAGAGGAGAGCUGUAGAGAAGCUCUCAGUACAAGCUUUGGGUGCCCUGGCUGGGGAUCUCAAAGGAAAAUACUAUGCCCUGAAGAACAUGACAGAGGCAGAGCAGCAGCAGCUUAUCGAUGAUCACUUCCUGUUCGACAAGCCUGUGUCUCCUCUGCUAUUGGCCUCAGGGAUGGCUCGUGAUUGGCCUGAUGCGAGAGGCAUCUGGCACAAUGACAGCAAGACAUUCCUUGUGUGGGUGAAUGAGGAAGACCAUCUACGUGUCAUCUCCAUGCAAAAAGGAGGCAAAAUGAAGGAAGUCUUCACCCGUUUCUGCAUAGGUCUUACUAAGAUUGAGGAAUUGUUCAGAAACAAGGGUCAUGCAUUUAUGUGGAAUGAGCAUCUUGGUUACGUCCUCACCUGUCCAUCCAACCUCGGAACAGGGCUGCGUGCAGGAGUACAUGUCAAACUGCCCAAUCUCAGCAAAUACCGGCAGUUUGAGGAGAUCCUCAAGAGACUGAGGCUGCAAAAACGUGGAACAGGUGGUGUGGACACUGCUGCAGUUGGUGGUGUUUUUGACAUCUCUAACGCCGACCGUCUGGGCUUCUCUGAGGUGGAGCUGGUGCAGAUGGUGGUGGAUGGAGUCAAACUGCUCAUAGAGAUGGAAAAACGACUGGAGAAGGGCCAGUCUGUAGAUGACCUCAUGCCUGCUCAAAAGUAGAACACUUCAAGCUCACUUCACACAUUUUCUCUUUUAACCUGCCCUUUGUUAGUUCUUUGAUUGAAUGUUGACAUAUUUUUAUUAAGUCUUUAUAAAGUCUCUGCUCUGAGAUCUUGAUAUGUUAGGCCAACAGAUAUAGAGAAUAAAAUAAAAAGGCAGAGAAUAAAAUUGAGCCCUUGUUGACCUAAUUUUUGCGUUUCUUUAUUAUGUUAUGUUAAAUAUUCUAGGAUUCACACACCUUUCCACCAAUUACAAAGCCAAAUCAGAAAAAGUUGGGACAGUAUAAAAAAACGCUACAUGGUUACAGUAUAUAAUACAUUACAUGGGCUCAGGUCUACUUUGGCAAACCUCAAGUACUACAAUACAUAGUUGCAUCCACAAAUGUCAGUAAAAAUGGUACUGUGCCAAAAGGAAGCCAUAUGUUAACAGUGUCCAGAAGCGCCUUUGACUUCUCUGGGCUCAGAGGCAUCUGGGAUGGACCAUAACACAGUGGAAACAUACACUGUGAUCAUAUGAAUUAGUGGCUCCAUUUGAAGAUACUCAAAGAGUAAGUAAUCAUUUUCAAAAAGUACUUACUUACUGAGGACUAAAAGAGUAAGUAUCCAACAGCCAGAUUUCAUUAAGUAUAAAUAAGAUUGCAUGUCAUCCACUAUGUUUACAUUAUCAUGUGACUGACGUUACAAGCGGAACAACUUUAAAGAAAUUGCAGGUUUGAAAAAAAAUAAUAACAAAUUUUCAAGUAA